UUGAGGGUAUCGAUGCAGCGAACUUCUUUUCGGACGAUGAAGAGGAGGAAGAGGAUUUCUCGGACGAUGAGGAAGAGGAUGAAGAUUCUAGUGAGGAUGAGGCUGCUACUGGUAUAAGAAAAAGCAGUCAGAAAAAGAAUCCUGCUGUACUAGCACCGUUGGUUAAAAAAGAC